UCCUCCCUCUGUGUUGUUCUGUGGUGCAGUGAUAAGCUCCUCCCUCUGUGUUGUUCUGUGGUGCAGUGAUAAGCUCCUCCCUCUGUGUUGUUCUGUGGUGCAGUGAUAAGCUCCUCCCUCUGUGUUGUUCUGUGGUGCAGUGAUAAGCUCCUCCCUCUGUGUUGUUCUGUGGUGCAGUGAUAAGCUCUAGGUUGCGCUGAUUUGUCAGUACUGAUCAUGUGCUGGAUUUACAGCAUUAGUGGGUGGAGCUUUGCCCAAGUUCAUCAAUAUUCAUUACUAUAAACAGUUGUAAAAUGGCCGCCCUCAUCGCUAACGCCCAGGCGGUAUUAUUGCGCCAUUAUUUUGGUGGGCAGCAGCAGCACAUGGAGACAUCAUCCCUGACAUUAGGACAUGAACUAUGGGGCAGAUUUAUCCAAACUGUCCUUGUUAUCCACAGCAACCAAUCAGAGCUCAGCUUUCAUAAGCUAUGGAGAAAUGAAAGCAGUGCUGUGAUUGGUUGCUAUCGGCAAAAAGUCCUGUCCUGCUGUGGGUACAUAACGACGGAUGAUGCAAGGCUGAAGAGCGCAGUAUAUCAUGACUCUGGUCUGACUGAAAUCUCUGACGUGACGCCAUUUUCUCUUGUCUGGAUAUAGAAGACAUAAGAGAGGACAACAUGCCAAGAGAGAAAAGACCACACACAACUCUGAAGCGGGUCUGUGCCUCCGUUCUUCCCAACAUGUGCUUCAACUUUCUGUACAGCGACAAUGAAGAAUUCAAGGUCUCAAAGUUCUUCCUAGGAGCCUCAUUUGGAGCCAUCCUAGGACUUGGUGUAUACUUCUUGCUUGUGCAUCCGAUGAAUAUGCAUGAGGAAAAGAAGAUCAACAUCAUGUACGGGCUAUCAGGGACAUUUGCUUUUGGAUGGGCGACCUCUUCCUACUUUCGCUGCUCCACCCUUAUUCUUGUUCCUAACCUUCUGGGGAAAGAAGGCCGGACGAUCAUAGUCAUCGGUGUGAUUGCCUCAAUCUAUGCAGGGCCAGUUGCAAAUAUACAGAAGAAUGUUGAAGAAAUUGUAAGAUCUGUGAGCUGCACUGUGGACCUACAGAUAAACCACACUAAAGUGGUCUGGAAGGAGAUGACAAAGCCCAUGAAGAAGAUCGUCCAAGACCUGGUGGUGAGUGAGAAGUUUUAUGCUCUGGGAUGGAGGAAAACUUAAAAGGGUUGGCCCAACUCAGACAUUGGGGGGCAUAUGACUAGGAUAUGCCCCCAAUGUCUCAUAGGUGCGGGUCCUACACCUAUACUUAGAACGUAGCCCGCAAAGUCCCAGUGGGCCCACCGCACAAUUUGCCCCCAAUGUCUGAGAAGAGACAACCCCUUUUAAGGGUUUGUCCGACCAGUAGUUUCAAACAAAUGGUCACAAUGGCAUAAAGAAAAUAAAAGAAGU